AUGGCCAUGCAAAUACAAAUAGAUACGGCCAGCUCAUCGCAGGAUCCAUCUUCAACUGUUUCUUACGCAUUUUUGGGAGGCUCAACGGGCGGGGUUCUAUCGCUGGAUCAAUCACAGAUGCUGUCCACAACAGCGGUGUCCACACGCCCCAGAUUCACAAGAUCAAGGGACGGUAGCAUGGAUUCUGAUUUCAUGAUGGCGACUUCCACAUUGUCGGGAUCUGCAUCAGCAUCGACGCCAGCAUCAUUAUCAGCAUCAGCAUCAUCAUCAUCUAAUACGGGCGCGUCGUCGUCGUCGUCAACGAUACCCAAAACCGCAACUACAGCGGGCUCGACUUCGGCGUCGCCAUCCGUUCAGCAUUCCAACGGAGCAGCACUCGGUGCUGGUCAAGCGCUCGGGUUUAGGUCCAAUGGGUCCAAUUGGAAACUUGGCGCUGCAAUAACGCUUCUCACGGUGUGUGGAGCAUUGUCCGUAUGA